AUGGCGGCCAUGUCCCUGCUUUCGAGCUCUGCAUGCGCCAAGAGGGCAGCGAAGGAACGGCUGCCUACCAUCAGCGAGGAUGAAUGCCAAGAUUUCGAGCAUGAGGCGAACCAGAUCCGCCAAAGACUUUGCGAGUCCUUCGGGGAACUCCUUCGCGGCGGAACCGACCCGGAAAUGGGGCGUGACUUCAUCAAGUUCUUGAAGGCAGCUGACCCCUUUGGGCGGAAAGAAGCUCUUUCCUUUUUGGCACCUGCGCUGCCCUCUCUGGCACAUGCCCAGCAGGGUGUUAUUCGGGCCGCGAUCGAGGUGGCCACAAGCUCUGACAGACCCAUCUUGCUUUCGGCUUUUCGUGGUUCAGUACUGGACUUGUGCCAGUCCAAAUCAGGCCACGAGAUGCUCGUGCAACUCAUUGACAGCGUUCCAGUGUUCUCUUUGGGCUUCAUGGUCUGCGAGAUGAUUCAGAACUGUAAGCUGCUCUCGAUGCAUCGCUAUGCCUCCAAUGUCAUGGAAUCGAUGCUGCUGCAUUUCCACCCCUCCCAGCUAGUGGAGAUUUCCUCGAAAGUGGUGGAGGCAGCACCGUCGCUUGCAAGAGAUCCUCAUGGAAGCCGCGUUCUUCAAACCUUGAUUGAGUACGGGAACCCCACGUGCCGCGAGCUCCUUUUUCGGAAACUGUUGCCCGAGAUAGCAAUGCUGACGAUGCAUCGCACUGGAUCGCAAGUCCUUCGGAAAGCGCUAGAAAUCAGUGACGCGAAUCUAGAGCAGCUUAUUGCUGAAGCGGUGCUGGAAGGGGUGCGCAACAAGUCCGUUCAGGUUGCCAACAUUGCCUGCAGCCGAUGCGGGAGUAGCAUCCUCCAACAGAUCUCCACGUGCAGAAGUCCUGUCGUUGACGAGAUCCACAGCCGGCUCGCAGAGGCUCUUCCCCAGUUGGAGAAGUCCAGAUACGGCCGCCGGUUGGUACGUGCAUGA